AUGUCUCUCCAUCUAGGUGAGAAUGAGCGAUCGAAUGAGCUUCGGAAGAUUCCAACCGACGUGCGACUGAGAGAGUUUCGAGAUCUUGGACUGAUAAGUCUAUAUCUCAACUACAGCCGUUACUUACUAAUCUCAUCUAGCCGAAAUGGAUAUAAGGCUCUACCAGCGACACUGCAAGGGAUUUGGAAUCCAUCUUUCACACCUGCUUGGGGGAGUAAAUACACCAUCAAUAUCAACCUUCAAAUGAACUAUUGGCCUGUCGAUGUGUGCAAUUUGUCAGAAUGCAGUGAGCCAUUAUUCGCGCUUCUUCGUGGCAUGGCCGAACGUGGGGUCAAGACUGCAAAAAGCAUGUAUAACUGCGGAGGCUGGGCUGCGCAUCACAAUACAGAUAUUUGGGCGGAUACGGAUCCUCAAGAUCGGUGGAUGCCUGCUACGCUUUGGCCUCUGGGAGGCGCAUGGCUGUGUUUCCAUAUAUGGGAACACUUUGAAUAUACACAAGAUAAGGAAUUCCUGACCGACAUGUUUCCAGUUCUAAGAAGCUGUGUUGAAUUUUUGCUAGACUUCUUGAUUGAAAGUGCUGACGGCAAAUAUCUUGUCACAAAUCCGUCCCUGUCUCCGGAGAAUACAUUCUAUUCUCCUGGUCGGAAGAACCAAGGAGUGUUCUGUGAGGGCUCCACGAUCGACAUCCAGAUCAUAGAAGCUGUAUUUACAGCAUUUCUGUCCUCCGUCGAUACUCUGGAUGUAAAGGAGAAUGAAUUAGUAGGACAAGUAAAGGACACCAAAAGUCGCCUACCUCCAAUGCAAAUUGGAUCAUUCGGCCAACUUCAGGAAUGGAUGUAUGACUACGAGGAAGUGGAGCCGGGACACAGGCAUACGUCUCAUCUCUGGGGCCUACAUCCCGGUUCUUCGAUCAAUCCGAUUCAAACACCAGAGCUAGCCAAAGCAGCAUCGGUUGUGCUACGUCGCAGGGCUGCUCACGGAGGUGGUCAUACUGGAUGGAGUCGGGCUUGGCUGAUCAAUCUUCACGCUCGUUUAUCUGAAGCCGAUGCGUGCGAAAAGCACAUUAGCUUGCUGCUGCAGAAUUCCACAUUGCCAAAUCUCCUAGACAAUCAUCCACCAUUUCAGAUUGAUGGGAAUUUUGGCGCCGGAGCUGGCAUCAUAGAGAUGCUGGUCCAGUCUCAUGAAGAGGGUAUCAUCCGCUUAUUACCCGCUUGCCCUAAAUCCUGGAGCGAGGGUGCUAUUAGUGGCGUACGUGCUCGUGGAGGCUUUGAGUUAGAUUUUGAAUGGAAAAAGAGUGAGAUAAUAGGUGAUGUUAUCAUUCGAUCGAUCUCCGACCGAGCGUGUACUAUCUGCUUUCCGAAUGGUGGUCUCACGGUCGAGUUUGAAGGCCGAGGCGAGCAUCACAUUCGACCAGUUCAAAUUUGA